AAUAUGAGGCAUCAAGUUUAGCUGUCAGACAACGGUCAAGUGUCAGAUCUUUGUCGUAACUUACUCACAUUGCCACACUUAUAAACGCGUUAGUAUUACUUGUGGCUGUUGGCAGCUGACAUGGAACACAUUAAAGAUGGGUGGUUUACAGAAACAUGCACGUUAUGGCCUGGGCAAGCAAUGAGCCUCCAAGUGGAAGAGGUCCUCUACAACAAGAAAUCCGAAUUUCAAGAUGUUAUGGUUUUCAAGAGUAAAACCUAUGGGAAUGUGUUAGUGCUGGAUGGAGUGAUCCAGUGCACAGAGAGAGAUGAGUUCGCCUAUCAAGAGAUGAUUGCCAACCUUCCUCUGUGCAGCCACCCUUGCCCCAAGAAGGUGCUGAUUAUUGGCGGUGGCGAUGGCGGUGUGCUGAGGGAAGUGGUGAAGAAUCCGCUGGUGGAAUCGGUGGUUCUGUGUGAGAUAGAUGAGGAUGUCAUUAAUGCAUCGAAGAAGUUCCUCCCAGGGAUGGCCAAAGGGUUUUUCAGUCCCAAGCUCACCCUCCAUGUUGGAGACGGCUUUGAAUUCAUGAAGCAGAACCAGGAUGCCUUCGACAUCAUUAUAACCGAUUCCUCAGACCCUGUCGGACCUGCUGAGAGUUUGUUCAAGGAGUCUUACUAUCAACUGAUGAAGGCAGCAUUGAGAAACGGUGGAAUUCUUUGUUCCCAGGGAGAGUGUCAAUGGCUCCAUUUGGAGCUGAUAAAGGAGAUGCGAACCUUCUGCAAGACCCUAUUCCCUGUGGUGGACUAUGCCUACACCACUAUCCCAACGUAUCCCAGUGGCCAAAUUGGAUUCAUGCUCUGCAGUAAAAAUCCUGAAACAAAUUUCAAAGAACCAGUGAAAGCCCUGUCAAAAGAAGAAACGGAAAAUAUGAACCUUAAAUAUUACAACCCAGAAAUUCACAAAGCAUCAUUUGUACUCCCGGAGUUCGCAAGAAAGGCACUCAGUGAAGCAUGACCAGCAACGACAGACCACCAUGUUCAUCCUCUACCUGGCUCUCAGAACACAGAUAAACAACCCUGUUCUACGACUUCUUCACCUCCUCAAUACAGUCCAGCACCACUGAAGAGAGUAGCCUCCUGAAGAUUUUAUGGGUGGGGGCAACUAAUAAUCAGUGGGUGGGAACAUGCUGAGUUAUACAGAGAGAGUGUUAGUUUGUGCCGAUGUUUCUUUCCUUCCAGUCUUACACGUUCUCAGUGUUUUAUUUAUUUUUCUGAUGUAUUUGGUUUUUCAUUUUUAAUCUGUAAAUGUCUCAUCAGCAUUUUGUGAAGAGCAGUUUAAUGGGCUGGGCUGAGUGGGAAGAGCAUUGCCAUCAAACCUGACCUCACUCUGAAACUGUACUGUUUAUUGGAUUCACUGCAUCUGCACAUUAUGCAAUAUAUUACAUACCAUAUAGAGUAUGUAUAUGUAAUGUAUUGCUGUACUUUUAUUCAUAAUGUUUAAUAUCAGUUUGUGUUCAUAGGAAAAUACACAGUUGCCAUCUGUCAUGACUCUAUAUUCAUAAUACUAAUGUGUCCUCUACACAUGAACCCUAUAGUGCCUGAAAUUGGUUGUUCGUUUAUGAAAAAGAAAACGUGUUCUGUAUCUAUCAUAGUGUAUCAGGCAAAUAGUGCCCUAGAUGAAAGAUCAAGUGUCAAGAGUUGAGAAAAAAGUCCCUUGUGAAAUGUCACCAACUGAAGAUGAAAUGCGUAUAACUGAUAAUUUCAUGGAUGCUCAGCUUUGACCAUCAGUUUGAUUAUGGAAGACUUUAAUGUUAUGGUGUUAAAUACAAUUAAGUAUGGCAAUGGAGCUUUGCAGUGCAAGAAAUGUCUGUACUGUGGUAAGCCUGUAUGCUGAGUCAUUACAUCGUCAAACAUCUUAAGUUACUACCUAUUAGUUGUAAUUCCACAUUGAGUCUUUGUUGAGGAAUAAUGUCAUACCUGAGCAAUGAAUUUGUGUUUUUGUAAGAACUGUAAUAAAUUGGUAGCAUAAAAUGGUUA